AUAACAACAAUUAAACAUGGCUGUGUGGACUACUUCUUUUACUGUCUAUGCUACGAACCUGUCAUAUCUUCCUCCUCUUACGCUCAAUAUUGUGGAGUCAUGGGCGGACGAAGGAUCAAAAAUUCCCAGGUCUAUCCUCCUGAAGGGUUACAGCAACUGGAUCGAGGGUUAUAUCCAUGAUGUUGAAGUGAAGAGAAACGAAGCAGGCUGUAGUGUCAGGGCCCGGUCUUUUCGCUCGAUGCGAAAGAACGAGCCGCCUUACAACAUGAAGGUGGAGCUGGCUUCAGAAAACCCUUUUAUCCGAUACACCCACUGCACUUGUAAAGCAGGAUUGGGGCAUUGUAAUCAUUUACUAGGACUACUAUACACACUGGCUCACUACCUAAAAAUGGAGCAUAAAUCUGUACCACCAAGAGCAAGUAAAACCUCUUUGCCUCAAACAUGGCAUGUGCCAUCAAGAACAUUAGGACUAAAGCCAAAGCCAAUCAGCACAGUAUCGGUUUCCAAAGUAAAACCACCAAAUAGUAGUACCCAUAGAGUAAACCGCACAAGUGAGGGAAUUCUUCCAAAUGUUUACUGCCCAGUCCCUGUCCCAUUGCCCUGUAGUGAAUUUGAAGAGAAUCUGAGGGAAAACCUAAAAGCAUCAGGCAGCAGAAGCCACAUGUUUAAACUAUUAACUGCCAGUAACCAACAAAAACAACUUGUCACCACAGAGUUCGGCGACUUACCUUUAGGGUCUGUUUUAUCCUACCAAUUACCCCAGGUAUUGUAUUAAACCAGGAAGAACAUGAUUUCUACGGAGGUCUGAUAAUUACAUCAGAAGAUUCACUGCACCUGGAAAGUGGAACCAGGGACCAAAGCAGCAUCACUUGGCAUCGGCUACGCGCAGAGAGGAUCACAUCAACAUCUUUUAAGCGGGUCUGUUCUAGAGUUAAAGACUUUGACAAGUCAGCUGCUGACAUGUGUGCAAAACAAACCAUUCAGACCAAAGCUAUGAAAAGAGGCAUACAACUUGAGCCUGUUGCUGCUGCAGAAUAUGAAAAACUCACUGGAAACAAAUUGUUUGCCUGUGGCUUAAUAAUUAAUCAUCAUGCCCCUCACCUAGGAGCCUCACCUGACAGGAAAGUAGUUGACCUUACAGCAGAUCCUGUCCACGGUCUUCUCGAGAUCAAAUGCCCAAACAAAGACAGCUUCAAAAACUGCUCAUAUUUGACAAAUGCAGCAGGGAACUUCACUCUAAAAAAGACCCACGAGUACUACUAUCAGAUUGUUGGACAAAAGGGGAUUAGUGGGUUUACCUGGUGUGACUUUUUUGUCAAAUGCAAUAGUGAUUACCACCUGGAACGUAUCCAUUUCAACAAAGAUGAAUGGGAGGAGCUGAAGUGUAAGCUUGAUUUUUUCUUUUUCAGCUGUUUCUUACCUGUUCUCUGCAACAGGAGAGUGUAAACCGAAACAAGACCUCAAAUUACCCUUUGAAGGGAUAGUGUAAAUCCUGUAGUGAUUUUAAUUCACCAUCUUUAUAAAGUGUAAAUAUGACAAAUGAAACUGUAUUCCUAUGAAAUGCAGAAUGUUUUAAUUCUCUCAAACUUCAGACAUGUCUGUAAAUAAUUAAUAGUACAAAUGUUAUUACAAAGAGAAACUAAUU